AUGGCAAUGCAGCUUGAUAUGUCUCAAGCCCAAGUCUUGAAGGACGAGCAGGGACGGCCAUUCAUCGUUGUUCGGGAUCAGGGAAAGAAGAAGAGACAGCACGGCACCGAGGCUGUCAAGUCACACAUUGUUGCCGCUAAGACAGUGGCCAGCAUUGUCAAGACUUCUCUGGGUCCCCGUGGUCUCGACAAGAUUCUGAUCUCCGCGGACGGCGACAUCACCGUCACCAACGAUGGCGCAACCAUUCUCGGCCAGAUGGAGAUCACAAACAACGUGGCGAAGCUCCUAGUCGAGCUCUCGAAGUCUCAGGAUGAGGAGAUUGGUGAUGGUACAACCGGUGUGGUGGUGCUCGCAGCUGCCAUGCUGGAGCAAGCCUCGGAUCUCAUUGACAAGGGCAUCCAUCCCAUCCGUAUUGCCGAUGGAUACGACCAGGCUUGCGAGAUCGCCGUUGCCGAACUUGACAGAAUCAGUGACGAAAUCCCUUUCAGCAAAGAUGAUACCACCAACCUCCUCCAAGUGGCCAAGACCAGUCUCGGCAGCAAGAUUGUCUCCAAGUCUCACGACCAAUUCGCCAAGAUCGCCGUUGAUGCUGUGCUCUCGGUUGCCGACCUUGAGCGCAAGGACGUCGAUUUCGAACUGAUCAAGGUGGACGGCAAGGUCGGUGGAUCCCUCGAGGACUCUCUGCUUGUCCAGGGUGUUAUUGUGGACAAGGACUUCUCUCACCCCCAGAUGCCCGAUGAGGUGCGGGAUGCGAAGCUGGCCAUCCUUACCUGUCCCUUCGAACCCCCUAAGCCCAAGACCAAGCACAAACUUGACAUCACAUCCGUCGAAGAGUUCAAGAAGUUGCAGGAUUACGAGAAGGAGAAGUUCACAGAGAUGAUUCAGAAGCUGAAGGACUCUGGUGCCAACCUUGUUAUCUGUCAGUGGGGUUUCGACGACGAGGCCAACCACCUCCUGCUCCAGAACGAGCUCCCUGCCGUCCGCUGGGUUGGUGGACCUGAGAUUGAGCUGAUUGCCAUUGCCACAAACGGCCGCAUUGUGCCCCGCUUCGAGGAUCUGACCUCUGACAAGCUCGGCAGAGCUGGUAAGGUCCGUGAGAUGAGCUUCGGUACCACAAGAGAGAAGAUGCUGGUUAUCGAGGAGUGCGCCAACAGCCGUGCUGUGACCGUUUUCAUUCGUGGAAGUAACAAGAUGAUCAUUGAUGAGGCUAAGCGGUCACUACACGAUGCUCUGUGUGUCGUCCGCAACCUGGUCCGUGACAACCGUGUUGUCUACGGUGGUGGUGCUGCUGAGAUUGCUUGCUCUCUCGCUGUUGAGGAUGCUGCUGUUAAGAGCCCUGGCAUUGAGCAAUAUGCCAUGCGCGCUUUCGCUGAUGCGCUUGAUGCCAUCCCUCUUGCCCUUUCUGAGAACUCUGGUCUCAGCCCCAUUGAGACCCUUGCUUCCAUUAAGUCGCGUCAAGUUAAGGAGAAGAACACCCGCCUCGGUGUUGACUGCAUGCAGACCGGUACCAAUGAUAUGCGCGAACACUUCGCCAUUGACCCCCUGAUCGGCAAGCGCCAGCAGCUUCUGCUUGCUACCCAGCUUUGCCGUAUGGUUCUUAAGAUCAACAACGUUAUCAUCUCCGGUGACGACGAGUCAGAGUUCUAG